ACCACCAUCUCUUCUCGCUCUUUCUCUCUCUUCCUCUCUCCCUCUGCAAUUUCAUCUCUCUCUCCACAAGCUUCCAAACAAAUAGAAUUAAUGGAAAGUGAGAUUUGCAAGGUUUAUUCUUCUCCUUGCGGACGAUGAAACAGAAAAUCUUCUCCGUGACGUUAAUGGGUGUCUCUCUAGUAGUCUUUCUCGGCCGCUCCCCUAGAUCAUUAACAUUCCUAUGGCACCAAUAUUAGCAGAUCCCACUUCACCAUAUAAACACCAGAAUCCAGAUCACUUUCAAGAUUUAGUUUCUUUAUUAUUAAUCCAUGGCUCAUCAAGUAGUUGAGACGACCAAGCAGUACUACAGUCAAUACGGGUCGACGUUGGUGGGUAGUCCGAAAUGACCAUGGUUCCUUCUGCACAUCAUCAAAACUUAUCCAGACAACAACAACAUCCUCAUCUCUACGGUGGUUAUGGUGGCUGCGGUGCCAAUUAUUACAACAAUACGGCGCCGGACGACGAGAGCUUUGGUGGUCAUCUUAUGAAUCAAGUAGAGGAAGGUGGUUAUGAUCAGUAUAGUUAUUGUAAUAACAAUAAUAAUACUAUUACUGAUCAAUCUUACUUACUAGCAUCUUCCGAUCUAGUAGUGGUUAAUGGUCCGAUGGCCGAAGAUGAAUCAAGAACUAACAGUCUUAACAACGAAGCCGAAGCGGGGUCAAGUUCUAAAGCUCCUGUAGAUGAAGAUCAGAGAGACGAGAGAUGGCUCCAAUUGAGUAUAGGCGGCCACACCGCUUCCAGUGCAGACGUCCAAGCUCCGGAAAGAAGAAGCUCGUUAAGGGGUUCAUCAUCGGCAUCCGGAUUGAUUGAGCUUGAUCUGUUAUCAGCAAAUAUAUCGUCGCCGUCGUCGUCAUCGUCACGGCAAUUUCAGUUGCAACAAGCAGCCAGGUCUUCCACGACUCCCAUGUUUCAUGUUCCCGAUCAUCAUCAUCAAAUCCGUGUUCCUAAUUUCGGCACUAAUUUGAUGAACACUACGUCUAAUUUAUAUUUUCAACACCCCGGAAUGGGAAUGGGGAUGGGAAUGAGUAGUUCUUUGCCGCCGAGCUUUCCUCAACACCAGCACCAGGAGGUUAACUGGGGAUUUAGGCCAUUGAUCCCUCAUCAUAAUAAUCAUAUAGGGAAUAGUGCUUCAACUUCUACCUCUUCCUCUUCUUUUAUGCAACUGGGACCAGCAUCCUCCUCCUAUUUUGCACGCCCAUUUCAACUUCAACAUCAUCAUCUUCAUCAUGGUGGUGGUGCUGGGCCGAGCUUAGAUUUCAGAGUUGUUGAUCCUCCUCGGCGGCCCCAGUCUGGCAUCUGGUUUAUGCUACAAGCCUCACAAAAUCAAGAAAAGAACCGUUCUUGCCCCAGAUACCUAAAAGCUACCUCAGGAUCAAGGAUGGAAGGAUGACAGUUCGAUUGAUAAAGAAGUAUCUGGUUAAUAAGCUAAGACUCGACAGCGAAUCAGAGGUAGAGAUAACAUGUAGAGGACAGCAGCUCCUACCUUUCUUGACGUUGCAGCAUGUAAGAGAUAAUAU